AAUUGAUUGGGAUAUAAAAGUUUUGUGGAAGAAACUUUAUCACAUCUUAGUUAGAACACUUCACUGAAAAAUUUCUAUUUAAUAACUCAUUGUUAUGCAUUUUACUAUUUUAUUUGGCUAUUGAUAUGAACCUAAAGAUGAAGAUCUUCUUGGUUUUUCUUGUGCUUUCAGCCCUCCAUGUUUCCUCAUCACUAGCAGUAAAACAGUCGUACGUAGUUUAUAUGGGAGCACACUCCCAUGGUCCAGAAGCUACUACCGAGGAUUUUAAUGGAGUUACGGAUUAUCAUCAUAGUUUCCUUGCAAAUUUUCUAGGAAGUCAUGAGAAGGCAAGGGAUGCAAUAUUUGACUCGUAUACAAGGGUUAUCAAUGGUUUUGCUGCCAACCUUGACGAGCAUCAAGCAAAGGAAAUAGCAAAACAUCCGGACGUGGUAUCUGUGUUUCUAAACAAAGGAAAGAAAAAACACACAACACACUCUUGGGAUUUCUUGUUGCUCGAAAACAAUGGCAUUCCAAGUGAAGAAUGGGCCACAGCCAGAUUCGGAGAAGAUACUAUCAUUGGCAACCUUGACACUGGUGUAUGGCCUGAAUCCGAGAGCUUUAACGACAUAGGGUAUGGACCUGUUCCAUCGCGAUGGAAAGGUUCUUGCGAGCACUACUCGAAUGAAACUAAUGGAGUUCAUUGCAACAGGAAGUUGAUUGGAGCAAGGCACUUCAACAAAGGAUACAAAUCCAAUGGUGGAAAUGUGCCAAUAGCUAUGGAAUCUGCACGAGAUUUCGAUGGCCAUGGAUCGCAUACCCUCUCAACAGCAGGAGGAAACUUUGUACCAGCAACCAUAAAUGGCAAUUUUCUAGGAAUUGCAAAAGGCGGUUCACCAAGAGCACGAGUUGCUUCAUACAAGGUUUGCUGGGAGCCUAUUGAGGGAAAUGAAUGCUUUGAUUCUGAUAUCAUAGCAGCUUUCGACAGGGCCAUUCAUGACGGCGUUGAUGUGCUAUCUUUAUCUCUUGGAGGUAAUCCUGUUGACUACUUCGCGGAUGGAAAUGCCAUUGGAGCCUUUCAUGCUAUUCAAAAUGGUGUUGUUGUGGUGUGUUCUGCUGGUAAUUCUGGGAAUGAUCCUGGUACUGUCACCAAUGUUGCUCCUUGGAUUUUUACUGUUGCUGCGAGUUCUAUGGAUCGUGAGUUUGACUCCUUUGUUAAACUUGGCAACGGACAUCUUUAUAAGGGUGCAAGUCUAUCACAAGCAUUGCCAAGAGUUGGACCAUAUGCACUCAUCUCUGCUGCUGAUGCAAGAGCUGCUAAUGCAUCUGCUCAUGACGCUCUCCUUUGCAAGCCAGGCACAUUAGAUGAGAAAAAGGCGAAAGGAAAGAUCGUGGCUUGCCUUAGGGGAGUCACUGCUAGAUUGGACAAGGGCAAUGUAGCAAAACUCGCUGGCGCUGCUGGCAUGAUUCUUUGCAAUGGCAAAGAAGAUGGAAAUGAAACCAUUGCGGAUCUUUACGUACUUCCUGCAGUACAUGUAAACUACAAAGAUGGAUCAGCUAUAUUCAACUAUAUUAAUUCCACAAAUAAUCCCCUGGGUUAUUUUACUGCCUUUAAAGCAAGUUUCGAUGUCAAACCUGCUCCUUCAAUGGCUCCCUUUUCCUCCGUCGGUCCAAAUACAGUUACCCCACAGAUUUUGAAGCCUGAUAUCACAGCACCAGGUGUGACUGUUGUAGCUGCAUACAGUCAAGGGGUGAGUCCAACAGCAGAGCCUUAUGAUCACCGCAAACUUUCUUUUGCAGUCGAAUCUGGUACAUCUAUGUCUUGUCCCCAUAUAUCUGGUAUCGUAGGCCUUCUGAAGACACUUAACCCAACAUGGAGUCCUGCUGCUAUCAGAUCUGCUAUAAUGACUACAGCUAAAACUCGAGAUAACACAAUCAAACCGAUGGAAGAUGGGGACUUUGCUAAGGCUACUCCAUUUGCUUACGGAGCAGGACAUGUCAGACCAAACCGCGCCAUGGAUCCUGGGUUGGUCUAUGACUUAACCACAACUGAUUACGUGCACUUCUUAUGUGCCAUAGGCUACAACAACACUAUAAUCAAAACCUUAUACAAUGGUUCCGUUGAAUGUUCAAAAUCAAGUUCUAACACAACCACCCUUUUGAACUUUAACUACCCUUCGAUUACAGUCCCUGAACUUUCUGGCUCCGUCACUGUUACUAGGACUUUAAAGAACGUUGGAUCUCCAGGAGAAUACAUAGCAAGCGUUCGCCAUCCAUCAGGAGUAGCUGUUACUGUGAAUCCGAGGGUAUUAAAGUUUGACAGAGUUGGAGAAGAGAAGAAGUUUACAGUGACUUUAACUUCUGAAAUAAAUAAUAGUGUAGAUUACAAGUUUGGAGAGUUGUUGUGGUCAGAUGGCAUUCACAAUGUUAGAAGUCCUAUAGUAGUUGCUUCUUCUCAGUAAUUAGUGAAUAGAUUAAAAAUUCGUUUAAAAUGUUUUUUCUUAAUUAGAUUAUGAUCAGGGAAUAAAACAGUAGCAUAAAUAGAUGAUAAUUAGUUAUUACUUAUACAGAUUUGGAAUAGUUAUUUAAGUCAGCUGGACAGUUGAUGACUUUGCUUUUUUUUUUUUUUUUUUUUUUAUAAUGACUUUAAAAUAGUUAUAGAUUAUACUGCCAAUUUGUUUGAUUUUAGGAGAACUUUGAAGCACAGUACACCAAUUUACAGUUGAAAUUCAAUUUAGAAUUGGUGAUGAUCAAGGGCAAGAAAAUAAAUAAGAAAAAAAGUUGACAGCUGUGGGAUUUGAACCCACGCCCUUUCGGACCAGAGCCUAAAUCUGGCGCCUUAGACCACUCGGCCAAACUGUCGGAUGUGAAAUUUAAUUAACAUCAUAACAGAGAUCUUAUGCCAAUCUUCCAUUUAAUUAUUUGACCCAUACCAAAAAGUCAUGCAAUAAGGCUUUGAACUAGGGAUGUUAACAGCAUUUUAUAGAAUUUUACAUAAUGGGUUUACUCUUUUAAAAAUAAUUAAAAUGAGGAAAUUUUAGAUUUUAACACCUCAUAAAAACCCGAAAAUGGUUUUUAACACCUCUAAAAAAAAAGGGUCAAGUUUUGUGUGUGGCCGGCCACACCAUGUGGCCAGCUAACACACAAGUAACCCCCUCACCAAAAUAACCCCUGAUGAACUUAGUAACCCUUGACCAAGUAACCUUCCAAUCUAGUAACCCCUGACCAUCCUAGUAACCCUUAACUAACCUAGUAACCCCUGACGAAUUAACCCCUUCAACCUAGUAACUAACCCCUGACCAAACUAGCUAGUAACUCCUGACGAAGUAACCCCUCCAACCUAGUAACCCUUAACCAAGUAACCCCAAACCAAAUUAGUAACCCCUGACCUAGUAACCCCCGAACGAAUUGGUAACCCCUCACUGACCAAGUAACUCCUGACCUAACCACCAAUUCCACCACUAAAGAAGCCACCAAACCACCAAUUCCAACCACCUCAACAAUCAACCAUCUCUGACUCUUCAAUGUCCAACGAAACUAAAAAAUACACUCAACUCAACAAUGGAGUUAACAACUAAUAUAAUUGUGAAUAACUAGUUUUAACAAACUUUAAUUUACAAUCAUUUAUCACAAAUCUUUCUAUUAGCAGCAAAUCAAAUGAUGAACUAUUCUUAAUUUGGUACUGAGGGAGCGAGAGAAGUAAUUGUAUUAGCAGGUUCUACAUUU